CUUUCAUCAAUAUAAAGGUUGACUUAUAACAUGGUGAACAAUCAAAACAUCUUACGAUAAAUUUAUCCAAAAUGAUAAGAAGAUUCACAACACAAAUCAUCAAAUCAUCACCAAUGGUGAAGAAAGCAGUACUGAUUGGGAUCAACUACCCAGGAACCGAGGGAGAGUUACGUGGCUGCGUCAAUGACGUCAAGCGAAUGCACAGAUGCCUCGUUGACCGGUUCGGAUUCUCAGAGGAAAACAUCACCGAGCUGAUUGAUACCGACAAGUCCAAGAUCCAACCCACCGGUAAGAACAUACGACAGGCAUUGUCGGAGCUUGUGGGAUCAGCUAACCCUGGAGAUGUGCUCUUCGUACACUACAGUGGACACGGUGUGAGGCUGCCUCCGGAGACUGGUGAAGACGAUGAUACUGGUUUCGAUGAGUGUAUUGUUCCCUGUGAUAUGAACAACAUCACUGAUGAUGAAAUCAGGGAGAUUGUUGAUAAAGUGCCUGAAGACUGCUCCAUUACAAUCGUCUCGGACUCUUGUCAUAGUGGUGGUCUCAUUGACGCAACCAAGGAGCAGAUAGGAGAGAGCACCAAGAAGGCGGGGAAAGCAGUAAAGACUAUUGAGGAGAUUGAACAAGAAGAGAGGAGGAACGGAGUCCAUGUGGUAAACAGAUCUCUGUCUCUGGAGAGUAUGAUCAAUAUGCUAAAGCAAGAAACAAGAAAGGAUGAUAUAGAGGUGGGGAGUAUCAGGAGGUCUCUUCUCCAUGCGUUUGGAGAAGAUGCAUCUCCAAAAGUGCAGGAAACUGAAGGCCUCAAGGCGGUGACGAAGAAACAAGUGGUGAGAAAGAAAGACAAGGGCAUUUUGCUUAGUGGAUGUCAGACUGAUCAGACUUCAGGAGAUGUACGCACCAAGGGACAAGCCUAUGGAGCAUUCAGCGAUGCAAUACAGAUAAUACUUGAUGAGACAAAAGGAAAGAAGAUCACAAACAAAGAACUGGUUUUAGGUGUGAGAGAGCUUCUUGAGUAUGAAUGGUAUCCUCAACAACCGGGGCUGUAUUGCAGUGAUAGUAAUGCUGAUGCUCCAUUCAUAUGCUGAAAAUGAAUUUUCAGAUUUAGUUUCUUUAAAGUGUUUUGGAGUUUGUUGUUGAAUGAAG